AUGAGCUCCUGCCAAUGGAACAAACCAUCAUGGCAGGCCUGUACUCGCAGUUGGAACGUGUGCAUUUGGGCACUGAUGCAUAAAGAGCCAGCAUUGGUCAAUCGUAAAGGUGUUUUCCUCCUCUAUGACAAUGUGAAGCCGCAUGUGGCUCAGGAGGCCAGAGACAGCAUCCAGCGACUAUGCUGGGAGACACUACCCCAUCCACCAUAUUCCCCAGACUUCGCACCAACAGACUACCACCUUUUCCAUUCCCUGGACAACCAUCUUUGUGGGAAAUUAUUCAACAACCGGCUAGACCUCGAUAAGGCCCUCACAAACUUCUUUGCGUCCAAGACUCCUGAGUUCUAUUGCGAUGGCACUGCACAGCUAGCCACUCGUCAAAAGGCACUGGAUGUUGAAGGUGAUUACUUUGAGAAUUAG